CAAUAUAAAUAAUCAUGUCGACUGAAAAUAAAAUUGAUAAAACAACUAAUAAAAUAACUGAUAAAAGUGAAGAUUUGAAGGAAAGGAAGAAGUAUUUCAAACUACACAAGUGUUCUCUAACUAACCUGCAAAACAAAUAUGAGAUUAAAUGCAAUCGGGUCAGGAAAUUUAUUUUGGACGUCAGUUCGGUUAACUUCGACGAUAUAAGAGCUCUCUGUAUGUUUAAGUCCUACGCAAGCCUGUGUGCCGAAAAACACCGUCAAUUCACCAAAUACCCGUUCACCAUACACCCAUUCAGCAAACUACGCAUGUGGGCUGAGGCAGUCGUUUUCUCAGCACUCCUCGCCAUGAUAUUGCUCCUGCCAUUAUGGAUCUCCAGCACAAAGCCUAGCGAUGACGACCCGCUGUAUAUUUUUUUAAUAUUUAGCCACAUCGUAUUUGUCGCCGUCAAUAUCACAAUCAAUUUACUUACUGGCUUCGUGGACGGUAAAAACAGACAACGAAUAGAAUUCAACCAUUACAAGAUUUUAAAGAACUAUUUCUUCUCGUGGAUGCUAGUGGAUUUCGUGCACUUGUCUUGCGUGAUCCACGAAAUGAUAAUGAUGUCAGAAAAAUCAAGCUACCCUCAUUUUGUGCGAACUGUUUGCUCAGUUUUUUCUAUAGAGUAUUUCGUUAUGGUAAAGUACCAUAGCAAUAUAUGCACGGUUUUGAGAAUGAAGGUGCCCUUAAAAACCGCUCUACAGCUCUUACUGCACGUGACUACAUAUUUGUCUUGGAACGUGUUGAUCCAAUUCGUGAUCGAGUAUUACAUAGAGAGUGGCUACCAGCCAGUGCAGCCAAGGAACAGCUCCUGGAUUACUAUUGGAGACUUGUGGGACAAACCGGGGGAGGUGCGGCUCAUGUAUGGCCUGAUGAGGGCAGUGAACAUGUUAAGAAAGAAUUCAAAUUUACAUCUCCUCCCGUACGACGGUGAAUUCGAAAUAUUUACCACAUUUUCCUUUAUUAUUGCUCAAUGCGUUGUUUUACACUGCACAUUCAAAUACAUGAUAGCUCUGUUCGGCACGCAAUCCUCAAAGGCGAAGUACUACAUGAUGUCCCAUCAGAUCCAGACUUAUAUGCAUAAGAGACGCUUCCCGACAUGGAUUAAGAAUAAAGUUCUCAAGUUUUAUGCGAUCCGGUUUAGGUCACACUUUUUUGUGGAGUCAACCAUGCUAGACUGUGUCACCGGCCAAUUGCACGAAGACAUCAUAAUGCACACGGGACGGCAUAUGGUGCGCGAAGUGACGUUCCUCAAGCAGCUGCCGUGGGCUGUGCUUAUUGAGAUCUCUCUUAAGUUCCAGCUUGCUAUCUUCAUUGAAGGGGAUAUUAUUUACAAGAUCAAUACUAUGGGCAAUUGUAUGUACUUCAUUAACAAGGGCACCGUCGCGUUGUACACGGAAUCUGGCUAUGAACUACUGCACCUUGAGGACGGUGAUCAUUUCGGCGAGACCGCGCUUAUGACCGACCACAUUAAAUUGCGCUUUAUCACGGCCGUCGCUGUCACCAACUGCGAGCUGUUCAGUUUGUCGCGCGAGAAUUUUGAGAUUAUCGAGCGAUAUAGGACGGCGUAUGAUGAACUUAAGAAAGUCGGUGUUAAACGGCGCCAGUGGGCGAUGGUGAUGGAUGAACAGUUUAAAGCGCAGUUGAGAGAACAGAAGAAUGAUAGAUAUAACUUAAAUAGCUAAUAAAUUUAACUCUAGAUAGCUUUGUAUAGCUUGACUGCAUGAGACAGUCCUGGGCCAAACUAUAAGUAGGUAGGCUAAUUCGCCAGUAACUGGCCACACCAAACCAAAAAUGAAUUCUAUUCACCUAUAAAUAGAAAUCAUUUUAGUAUGAGGUGGCCAGUUAUUGAAAGCUGGCUUGUUAUAGUUGUUAUUGAAACCUUAAUCUAAAAAAAAUUCUGUUUAUAGGUGAAUAUAAUUCAUUUUAAGUUUAGGGCGGCCAGUUACUGAAAGUGGCCAGUUAGUUACGGGUUACGCUCGUAGCGCGUAGCCAUGUCUUUGCCGUAUGUAGCGCGUAGUCGCUACGAACAGUGUACCCGACAGUCGGGUUCUUGGCCCUGAAUGUGUUAAGUACUUAGCUGUGUUUAGUUUGAGUAGAAAAAAUAUAAAUAUAGCACACACAGUUAAGAUGUUUAACACAUUAACUGCCAGAGACCCGCUCGGCAGGUUCUCUGUUCGGAGGCGCUUUUCGCUACAAAGCGGAAAGUAUACGUUGUCGGCUACAAGCGUAGUAAGUAGAUCGCAAUUGAUUAAGUACUUAGCUAGCGUAACAUAGACGCGGUUAUCAACUCGAUACCUCGAUAUUGGUUUUUGU